UUUUUGAUCUAUGGAAGAUGCCAAGAAAUGUAAGAUUCUAACCUAAGAUAAUUGUUUAUUUUUUAAAUCAAAAAUGUUAAAUAAAUUUAUAAAAAUAAUAAGCUUCGCUAAAGAACUUCGAUAUUUUUCGAAGAGAGUGGCUCUGCCUGUACCAAGUAAAAAGCCGAAAGCCCAAGGAAUUUCGAUUCAUAGUUUUUUAGAUGUUAAGCAACUUCGAACUGUAGGAGGCAAAGGAGGUGAUGGCUGUAUAUCGUUUUUAAGUUUAUGGAGUAAUGAAUUUGCAGGCCCAGAUGGAGGCGAUGGUGGUAAUGGUGGACAUGUUAUUUUUCAAGCCAGCAACAAUGUACGUGAUUUGAAUGCUAUUCCUUCUAUUGCAAAGGGUUCUGAUGGAGAGAAAGGUUUAAAUACGGAUUGUCAUGGAAAAAAUGCAAGCCACUGUGUUUUACAGGUACCAGUUGGUACAAUAAUUAAAAAUAUAAAAGGCAAAGUAAUUGGUGAUCUGCAUACCAAUGGACUGAUGUUCAUAGCUGCAAAAGGUGGAGCAGGAGGAAAGGGAAAUCAUUUUUUUAUGACUGAUACAGAACAGGCACCCAAAAUUUGUGAAUAUGGUGCUGACGGAGAAGACUUGGAAUAUAUUGUUGAAGUAAGAAGUAUGGCCCACGUUGGAUUGAUUGGCUUUCCUAAUGCGGGUAAAAGUACAAUUUUAAGAGCAAUUUCUAGAGCAAGGCCUAAGGUAGCACCAUAUCCAUUUACAACAUUAAGACCACACCUAGGUAUUGUAGAAUAUGAUGAUUAUGAACAGAUAGCAGUAGCUGAUUUACCUGGUUUAAUACCAGAUUCACAUAAAAAUAAGGGUUUGGGUAUACAAUUUUUGAAACAUACUGAACGCUGUACAGUCCUGCUUUUUGUUCUUGAUGCAUCUUUAGAUGAGCCAUGGAAAUAUUUUGAAAUAUUACAGUCAGAGUUGGAUCAAUUUAAUGAGAAUUUCAGACAAAAGCCGCAAAUAAUUGUAGCUAAUAAAAUAGAUAUUCCAGAGGCAAAAAAGAAUUUAGAAAUUAUCCAAAAACUGUCAUCACUACCUGUAAUACCUAUUAGUGCUAAAACUGGAGAAAAUAUAGAUGCAUUACUAAGGGAAAUAAAAAUAAUUUAUGAUGCUAAUAAACAGGAAGAGGAUAAUAAUUCUUAGGUUUAUUUACAAUAUUAACAAAAUAAAGUCUCUUUUAUUACA